AUGGAUCCCAAGGGCUCAAAGCAGCCACUGCCACAGGAGGUGGUACCAAACUUUCUUAGCCUCCCCCAACAACAAUCACCACCGUCACAACAACAACAAGGUAACAAUAACAGCAUGGGAGAGAACAAGCCAGCAGAGGUGAAGGAUUUCCAGAUAGUGGUUGCUGAGAAGGAUGAGAGCAAGAAGCAGUUGGCACCAAAGAGGAGUUCCAACAAAGACAGGCACACCAAGGUUGAAGGGAGGGGGAGGAGGAUAAGGAUGCCUGCUCUAUGUGCAGCUAGAAUCUUCCAGUUGACCAGAGAAUUGGGUCACAAAUCUGAUGGGGAAACCAUCCAGUGGCUUCUUCAGCAGGCUGAGCCAUCGAUAAUAGCUGCUACUGGGACAGGCACAAUCCCAGCAUCUGCUUUGGCUGCUGCUGGCAACUCGGUUUCACCACAAGGGGCCUCUCUUUCAUCAGGGUUGCACCAAAAGAUUGAUGAAUUGGGAGGGGCCAAUAUGGGGUCAGGGAGCAGUAGGACCAGUUGGCAAAUGGUUGGGGGGAAUUUGGGGAGACCCCAUGUGGCCACAGGCUUAUGGCCCCCCCAUGUCAGUGGAUUUGGAUUUCAGACAUCAUCCGGUCCAUCUAAUGCCACCCUAGGCACUGAGAGUUCAAAUUACCUGCAAAAGAUUGGGUUCCCUGGCUUUGACUUGCCUGCUGCUGCCACCAACAUGGGUCACAUGAGUUUCACCUCAAUUUUGGGUGGUGGAGGUGCCCAGCAGAUGCCUGGUUUGGAGCUGGGUUUGUCCCAGGAUGGCCAUAUUGGGGUCUUGAAUCCACAGGCCUUGAGCCAGAUUUAUCAUCAGAUGGGUCAGGCUGGUAGAUUGCAGCAGCAGCAACAGCAUCAGCAACAACAUCAACAAACUCCUGCAAAGGAUGAUUCUCAAGGCUCAGGACAGUAG